AUGCCUGAAACUGUUGCUUUUCAAAGGGCGGACAUCUCUGAGGAUUUGGUCCGCACCACUCGCUUGAUGGACGCCUGCAACGACCAGAUAAAGCAUAUCGAGCGCCUGAUUGAGAUCUGGGACGAUGUGAUGGGCCAAGAGCAAGCGUCUGGAGGGAUACCAGGCGCGCCUGGCGGAGGAGAGUACCCAAACACGGCCGAACGACAGCAAGAGCUAGAUCAUGCGCUGGGGCUGCUGGCAGAAUUGAGAUUCCUCCUUCAACUCAACCUGAGGACAAAAGCAGAAUUACAAGCGGCUCUAAUAGACCUCAGGGGAGAGCUCCGAGCUCAAGGGCAGGAAUAA